AUGAAACAACAUUCUUUCAUUGGUCAUGUUUUAUCCGAUGUGUUUGGAUUUGGCCAUGGUGAGAACCCACAUGACUUAAAGAUUGUUAGAUUUGACUAUAUGCUCCGUACCAAAUGUUAUCGAUGGGACGUCUUUGAUCUUAAAACUAGUUCAUGGAGCACACCACAAUUCACUGAACGGGGUUUUUAUUUUUGGGGUGAUGCGGGUGUGUUUCUAAAUGGCUUUUUGUAUUGGGUAACUUCAAUACAACACCGUUUCAACAUCUUGGCCCUCAAUGUUAAGGAGAUGGGAUUUUCGAAGAUAAAACUUUCUCAUGGACUCGACCCUGAAAUGCUUCUUUUGGGAUCCAUAGGUGGAUGCCUUUGCACGAUUAACAAAAGUACUACUGGAUUUGAUGUGUGGUUGAUGAAACAACAGUGUGAUGAGAACUCGUGGAUGAAAGCACAUUCAUUCAAUUUCGGUUUGGAAGGUAACAGGUUCUACCCUAUUUGUGUUUUGGGUAACGGAAAAAUUCUUAUGACAUGUAGCUCAAUCCAAUUUGUUAUCUAUGACACGUCAAAAGAUUCAUAUAAGAUGCUCAACGCUUUGGAAACUCUUGAUCAUAUCGACAGGAUGAUUUUUGUUUGCAAGGGAGUAUACGGUACUUCUCAAUUCAAGUUUGUACGCUCAAUCGAGUACGUGGAAAGUUGGGUUUCACCUUCUGAAAUGUGUUUUAUCUAA